AUGUCUGCACCUUUAAUUCACAAAACACAAGAUGACACCGACACAGAAAUCUUGGAAUUUCUGCAAAUGAUUGAUGAUUCGGACAACAAAAACUUCGAUCCAUCAACAUAUUUCCAAUUCAAAGAAGAGAAAGAAUGGGAUAUAUCUAGUGAAGCGAUUGAAAAUGAGACAAAUGAGAUAUAUAAAAAUCUUAUGAACAUUCGCUUUGAUUCUUUAGAAUUAUCAUUAGGCAGUGUCCCAUUACAUGAAAGAUUAGAUUUAGAUGAUCUUUUUUUAAAAAAUGAUGACGAUGAUUCAUGGACGAUGUUAAACCUUACACGUCCUAUCGUUCCAAAAACAAUAAAAUCUGUCGUUCAAAAAUCACUAGUGCGUAAAAGCCAAGAUGUUUCUAGUACGCAAAGUGUACAAGAUCUAACGACUAGAAAUUCAACAGUUAUAUCUAAUACUAAAACAGAAGUGAAGGCCAAAAUAACGAAGACCACGUCAGUCAAUGGUGAUGACGAUAUUGACAAUUUUUUUAAAUCGCUCGAAGAUGAAGAUG